UGCAGGCAUGCAGAAACACACUGCAACUUUGUUUUAAAGUCUCGAUAGGCUAUGAUGAUUAUAACUGCCUCCCGCAUAAUGUAAAUCUCUUCUUCCGCAUCCACAUUUCCAGCUCCACUCAAAUACUCUGAUCCAGAAAAAUUAAUAAUGCAGCGAAAUCGUGUGGAGAUGGGAAGCAGUUUGAAGGAGCAGGACAUUGGAGAGUGGGAAGUUGAGGAACACAAGGAACUGAGCUAUAAGCGUUUCAAGCUUCGAGAUCACAAAGUGAGAACCUCCAAUGGCGAAUUCAGAUGCCCCUUUUGUGCGUGUAAAGACGACGACGAUUAUGGGUACACUAAUCUUCUUCAGCAUGCUAUUCGAGUGGCGGAGGGCUCCAUACGUAGGGAGCAGAGGGCCAAGCACUCCGCCAUGGCUAGAUAUCUUGCCGUUGACCUCGCCAAUGAAGUUCAAGCAGAACCCCAACAAUACUCUGAUGAGGAGUGGGUACGUCCAACUCCUACCAAGAGAUCAAGAUCAGGCCCCGCAAAGAACAAUUCUAGAGGCAAGGCAGUUCGAACGCCUGUGAGGAGGCAACCGAGGGCCAGUGUAAAUGCCCAAAAGGUGGCUAUGGCAGAAAAGAGGGAGAAGGAUGCUCUUGAUGAGGUUGGUGCAUUAGAAAUAAAGAUUACUGAGAUGACUGACCAGAUGAAUGCACUAAUCACAAAGGAGCGCUCUAGUAAUGAUGAGUUGCAAGGGGUUCGCACAGAACUAAUGAAGGGCUUGAGUGAUAUUCAGCGCAGUAGCCACGUCCACAUUGGGAUUAAGAAAAUUGGAGAACUUGAUCCGGAUGUCUUCAUCAACGAAUUCGUACAGAGAAUGCCCCCUGGCGACAUUGUGAUCAGAGGUGUCGAGUACUGCACCUUGUGGCAGGAAAAGAUAAAAGAUCCCCAAUGGUAUCCGUUUCAAAUCAUUGAAGAUGACAAUGGAAAACCUCAGAGAUUGCUCAAGGAAGAUGACCUUACGCUGCAAUCGCUCAAGGAGGAAUUGGGCAAAGAGAUUCACGAUGCAGUGGUCGACGCCCUGACCGAACUCCAGGAAUACAACCCGAGUGGAUGUUACAUGGUUCCUGAGCUGUGGAACUUCCGAGAGAAGAGGAAGGCAUCACUCGCAGAAGUUAUCCGUCUCAUCUUUGAACUUCCAGCUCUUAAAGCUAAACCGCGCACUCCACGCAAGUCGCGGAAAGGGUAGUAGACAUGUGCUGUUCUUGCAGAUUCUGGCACUUCUUUGUAGCCAAGAAUUUCUCUGUUAUGCUUGAAUGCUUUUGUGUUGUGUGUGUUUUUAGACAUUGUCUUUGGUGAACAAUGCCCGUUCUUGAUUAAUAGUCUUGUUGGUAUGCCUAUGGAUGACGCUGGUAUUGGCACUUCUCGAUCGAAGCCUAUAAAUUAUUGAUUAUGCUUAUGUAGAUAUAUGCUAUGUGUGUUUCUGA